GGGCGCUAGGGGCGGCUCCGCGGCAUCGCGUCCCUCCGCGGUGCGGCCAGAGCGGUCGGCUGGGGUCCUGCUGCGCUGACCGGGGGUGGAGCAGGUCUGGCCCGUGCGGGAGGAACUGCAAGAGCGGCCCGCUGCUGCCAGCGGUAUCUGACCCGACCUCCCGCCUCUUCUUCUCCUCCGCCCCACGGCUCCUGCCCCCAGCGGCCCGGGAGGAACUGAACCAUCGCCGCACAGGAAGUAGCGGCUGCGGGGAGCAGCGGCGGCGACAGCUGGGGCUGCCGCACUCAAUGAGCGAGGCUCCCGCAGCCGCCCGCCCUGCGCGCCCCUUCCCCGCCUCCCGAGGGCAGCGGCGCCGAGCGAGCCCGCCGCCGCCGCCGGGGGGGCACCGCGGGCAGCAGCAGGCGGAGGCGGCGCAAGGCCGCCCGCCCCGGGGCUGGAGGCUGAGGCGGGCAGAGGCAGCUCCGGCUGUUCCCGAGGAGGCGGCGGCGAGGACUGCAGAUUCAAGACCGGUAAAGGAAAGGUACUUCUGCCAAAGACUAGCUGCAGUUCUCAAAUCCCUUGAGACCUUCCUCCACCAGCACUGAGAACUGAAUCAGCUGCUUUUGGUGAUAGUUCAACAGACCCUUAAAUGAAUGUUUAGAUGGGGCAGCUACAAAAAUGGUGGGAGCUAUAGGAAAUGGGCAAAUGAGAAAGCGAAUCUCUUGAAACAUAAACAGUAGUACUUCCCUGGAGGGAGGAGAUAGGGAUUCUCCUGUUGCUCUGAGUGUUUCCAGGUGCCAGAAGUGGUCCCCAGUGGUGGUGGUGGACAAUUAUUCUGAGUGACGGCCCUUGCAAACGCUUCUGAGUGGUUAUCAUGGGCUUCAUUGCCUUUCUGAAGACCCAGUUCAUAGUUCACCUCCUCAUUGGGUUCGUCUUUGUUGUGAGUGGACUGAUCAUUAACUUCAUUCAACUAUGCACACUAGUCCUCUGGCCCAUAAACAAGCAGUUUUAUCGACGAGUAAACUGUCGCCUUGCUUAUUCACUUUGGAGCCAGUUGGUAAUGCUGCUAGAAUGGUGGUCGGGCACAGAGUGCACCCUGUUCUCAGACGAGGCCACGGUGAACACCUUUGGGAAGGAACAUGUCAUCAUUAUCUUGAAUCACAACUUUGAAAUUGACUUCUUGUGCGGCUGGACUAUGACAGAGCGCUUUGGAGUGCUAGGGAGUUCUAAAGUCCUUGCUAAGAGAGAGCUACUAUAUGUGCCCCUAAUUGGCUGGACAUGGUACUUCCUUGAGAUUGUUUUCUGCAAAAGGAAAUGGGAAGAAGACAGAGAUACAGUUAUUGAAGGAUUAAAACGCUUGGCUGAUUAUCCUGAAUAUAUGUGGUUUCUCCUGUACUGUGAAGGAACCCGUUUUACAGAGACCAAGCAUCGGAUCAGUAUGGAGGUAGCUGAAUCCAAGGGGUUGCCUAAACUGAAAUACCACCUGUUGCCCAGAACCAAAGGUUUCACCACUGCUGUCCAGUGUCUCAGGGGAACAGUUUCAGCAGUAUAUGAUGUAACACUAAAUUUCAGAGGAAACAAGAACCCAUCUUUAUUAGGAAUUCUUUAUGGGAAGAAAUAUGAAGCAGACAUGUGUGUAAGGAGGUUUCCUCUAGAAGAUAUCCCUCAAGAUGAAAAGGAAGCUGCAAACUGGCUUCAUAAGCUUUACCAGGAAAAGGAUGCUUUGCAAGAGAUGUAUAAUCAGGAAGGCAUAUUUCCUGGCCAGCAGUUUAAACCUCGUAGGAGACCAUGGACGCUCCUAAACUUUCUUUUUUGGGCCACAGUUCUUCUCUCUCCUCUCUUCACAUUUGGCUUCGGAGUUUUUGCAAGUGGAUCACCUCUCCUCAUCCUUGCAUUCCUGGGAUUUGUUGGAGCAGCUUCCUUUGGAGUUCGUAGACUGAUAGGAGUAACCGAAAUAGAAAAAGGCUCCAGCUAUGGCAACCAGGAAUUCAAGAAAAAGAAAUAACUGACAGCUGCAGUUCAGCACAUAUAACCAGACUAUGGUGUCCAAUUAACUUCAGUUAAAAAAAACAAUGAACACUUAGAAACUGUAUUUUCUUAAUAACUGAUGACUAAUAUUAAUGAAUAAAACUUGAGCCAAGAAUGAAGAAGUUGGAGGCAUCAACUGAAGAGAACGCAUCAACUUUCUGCCUGUUUAAGGAUUACUGUAGUCAAACUGUGGGAGAAAAUCUGGGGUGGGAUGAAAGAAGCAGCUAAUUUUUCUUGCUUUGUUAGGGGACUUGGGAGUGGGGGAAGAAAAGAGGGCAUUGGCCGUGGCCACAUGCAUCUUCAGAUGACUGAAUACACUCGUUUCUGUCAAGAGCACUACACUUACUUUUACAACAGGAGCCAUUGAAUGUUUCCUCUUGCUAAAGCCAACAUGUUUGUUGAUUUCCAACUUUUUUUUAUUAAUGAGCCAGGAAAAUCAACCCUUCUUAAAUUAAUUGCAGAUGUUUAUUUGGUUAGAGUAAUUCUGGAAAGGCUGUGUUGUCAUGGCUGCAGAUGAAAUCCUAUUUGUCUGUUACAAUGAUACUUUUUAUUUUUAGGCAACAUCUUAAAACUUCUUUAAUGUGAGGGAAUGGGUAGUGGAGUUUGGAAGCAGUGCGUUAUUGAUCAGCACAUCCCGUAAAACAGAUCCACUAGUAUUAAAACAGUUUAAAAUUCUCAUCAUACCUCCUGCUAAUUGCUCAAGGCUGUUUAAUUUCAAAGUAUUACUUCAGUCUCGAGUGUUGUUUCCCUGUUUCACAUCCUACAUGUAUGAUGAUCUUGUUUCUCUUUAAGGGCUUGUUAUGUUUUCUGAAUUAAUGGUGACUGAGGAAUUUAGAGUUGUGUGAAGAAGGAAAUUAAUUCGGUUUUUCUGAUGUUUUCUCCUAUUAUUUCUAUUUGAAUCUCUUAUUGCCAAAGUCCAUUUCAGCCAACCUCUCUCAGUAAACUGGGAAGCAGCAGCAGAAAUCAGCACAAUAGUUUUCAAAAUGUCGUCUUUUACAAAAAUCUGAAAAGGAGAGAGGUCUAUAGCAAUCAGAUUUCAAAUACUGUCAUUUCUUGAACUUUUAAUGAGAGUUUUGACAUUGAUUCAGAUGGGGCCAGGUUCUUACUGGCCUUGUGUACUGCAGUGAUAGGGUGUGCUGCAUUUUCUACUUGGACAUGCUUUAGAUGUUAGUCUGAAGUAUAUUGCAAGGUGAGCUGUGCUGUUUAGAAAGAGUAUAGGGUCUCUUCAGGGAUUUUAAAUAUCUUUAGUUUUGCUUGUUGACUUUUGACACUGAAAAUUAGAGAUUAGAAUCAUGCUGUACCUGUGCUUUUUUCCGGACACACAUUCUGAGAUUUUUGUAGAUUGCUGCUGUAUGGGUAGCAAACAGAUGUGUUAUCUAACCGGUGUACCUGUAUACUCAAGUCUGAAGGCCACAAUCUGCAUUUGGCUAUGCUCAGAAGUUGGUGAAGUGGGUUGCAGAUCUAAAGCUGAGGGCAGAAGCUGACUCUCGGGGUCUGUAUUUUUAACCCAGCUGCCACUACUUAUCUGACUUUUGUAAAGAGCAGAUCUUAUCAAAGCAGUGGUCAUUAUUUUCAUCUUUGCUCUAGUAGCCAAGAUAAGAGAGUAAUAAUUUACCUUCUUUUCAUAUUUACUGUAACUGUUGGAAUGUAACCUCUUACCCCACAGGUUUUUCUGUUUUCAAACACUGGAAAAGCAAUUUUGUAACUUAGAAAAAUAUUUUACUUGGGGUCAUUAAUCAGUGUUCUGUCAGGCACUUGAUUUUUAUUUGUGGUCUUUUCAACAAGAGGUUUUGAAAGAUGACCUACUUUGUCUGUAUCCUAUUAGACUCAUCCUCACUGAAUCACUGUACCUGUAGCCCCAGCAUUCAUAUGUCAUCUUUGUCCCCUCAAUAAAUCUUUACUAAGAUAGGGAUGCAAAACUGUUGUUAAUCUUAGUGGAAUUUGGAAUAUGCUUUUGAAAUUGAGGAGAACAGAGCUUAGCCAGGACUCUGUUUUCCUUGCUGAAUGUUUGUGUAAUUUGUCUUUAAAUACGGUUAGACUUCCAAAUGCUGAUGAAGAUAACUCUGAUUUUUCCCCUGUGUUUUAACCAGAGGACUAAAAGCAGUGGGCUUUUUGUUCUUUUCUUUAGUCUUUCAUUUCUUUUUCCUUAAGUAAUUCAGUAAUGGAUAUAAUUCCUGCUGCUUAGAGAGGUUACAAAUGCUGUACACUUGCUUCCUGAAGAUGAUACUGAGUUUAUAUAAAUUGUACUGGCUUAGCAGAGUGAGUCUUGCAAAGCAGUCUGACCACUGACAUGUUUUAUACUUACAUUUUGAGCAGUAUAUUAAUGGGCAUGAAAAGAAUUUCACAAAAUAAAUCCCCUCUUAAUACUGAGAAGAGGGGAGAUGGUUAAAGGAGAGGGGAAUUAAUAACCUUUCUCUUUACGGGAUUCUUUUCUCCUCUUAGUGCAUGUAGCUCCCUAUUCUGAAUCAUGGGAUUAGUGCAUGUACAUCAAGGGGAGAAUAAUCAAGAUUUCAUAUUUUCUUAUGAUAACUUAUUGGUCAUGCUUUCUUUUUGAAAAUAUAAUACAUCAUCACUUACUUAACUUUUGCUCUUCUAAACAGACAUAUCAGUACUCAUUUUGAAAACUGAAAUAUAUAGCAAUGCACAAAACAGUACAAAACCAACACAAGUCUCUUCAUUUUGAAUUUUAUCUCUUCAAUAGGGGUUUUUUAUACACAUGCACGUGCACAUGUACACAGAGUAUGUAUAAAUUAAAAUGACUGGAAAUAGCUGAAAUUAAUGUCACUAAUGAAGAUUAGCAGGUGGCUUGGAUUGGAAAAAUGAGCAUAGAUUUUAUAUCUUAUUUUCUUCUGGUUUAAUAGAACAUAGCUUGUAUAUUUGACUACCAAGCCCUUUAAGAGCAAUAAUAAACAAAAAUAUAUCAUG